AUGUCUCCUAUGCGGCCGACAGGCGCUCCUUAUAUCAAUCCGCCCGACAUUAUUUCCUCUCCAUCCAAACGUUCAAAUGUCAACAGCGGUCGUUAUGAGAGGCGAUCAUCGCAGAUCUCUUCGACUCCACUUCUGACACCCGCGGAGACUGCUUCAACAGACGAUGCGUCGAUAACCAACAGGAAGCUCGGUGAUGAGGUCCCCGCUCGCUUAGUGGACCAAGCUUCGUCCUCACAAUCAAGUCCCCACAACAGUUCCCGGAACUCUGAGUCUGAGCCAGGAUCUAUGGUGGUACCAUUUGUCACGAACAUAUCGAAUGCAGAGGUGUUCUCUUGCUCGCUGCUUCCUCUCUGGCCGGUUUUUCAGGACCCGCGGACUCUCUCAGCAUCAGAUGUGUGCGAGAUCCAAGGAGUCGCUGCCACCCUCGCUGCUGCUGGUCUUUUCGAUGAUGCCUUCGAUUUGUGUUAUGCCGAGCACAAAUAUUGGCAGGUUUGCACAAGCAAUAUCUGGACUGACGAGAUAUUAUACCCCCUAUUGGCUACGCCAAUCGACAGCUCCGCGCAGUGCAUGGUCACAGUAGCCAUCAAUUGCGCCCGAAACUCUAGACCCCGCCGCCGGGGAGAAAUGGCAUACCAAGCGUAG